GUUAGCUAACUACUUGAACUUUCACUUUAUUGGUCAGAGUUCGAUUUUGUACUUUGUAAUUCGUUCUUCGAUUUCUCAUUCCCCUACCCCUAAUACUCCUUAUAUAAUCAUUAUUUUCUAAAAAAAAAAAAAAAGUACCCUAUACCUAGCUAGUGUGAUUCCAUAUACGAGGAAUCUGAAACGGAUAAAAUAUAUGCAAAUUUUAUCCCUACCUUGUAAGGUAGAGAUUAUUUUCAAUAGAAAGAAAGACUAGAUAAAGAGACCCACAAAAUCCUUUCUUGAGAGUCAUCCAUUAGAGAAUAAAGAUAGAUAAAAAAAUAGAUAGAUAGAUACAUCAUAUUAGAUGUACCAUUACCACUACUACUAGAUGUACCACUACCACUACAACUAGCUAUCUACCUUAGCUCCCACUUUCAAACACAUCCCACAACAAAGAAACAGACCACCACUUUAAUUUUCUUACAAUGGAAACUGGCCAUCAUCAUCAUGAUAAUAUUAUAAACUCCCUCCAAAGGCCAAAUUUCCCCUUACAAUUGUUAGAAAAAAGAGAUCAAGAUCAUACAAUAUGUUCAAAUUCAUCUCUAUUUCAUCCUACUUUACACAUGACCACCUCUAGUACUUAUGAUGCAAUUUGUGUUGAUGAUCAAAAACCAAAAAAUCAAGAAGAACCAAACAAGAUCAAACAAGCAAAGAAAGGCACAACAAAAGACAGACACACAAAGGUCGAUGGUCGUGGUCGUAGAAUUCGAAUGCCAGCAACAUGCGCAGCUAGGGUUUUUCAACUCACUAGAGAAUUAGGUCACAAAUCUGAUGGUGAAACUAUUGAAUGGCUAUUACAACAAGCUGAACCUGCUGUUAUUGCUGCUACUGGUACUGGUACAAUUCCAGCUAAUUAUUCAUCACUUAAUAUUUCUGUAAGAAGUGCUAGACACCAUACUACUAGUGCCAGUAAUUAUCUAGCACAUAAUAAUUUCGGUCAUGUUCAUCAUGACCAAAAUUAUUUUAAUGGGAUGGGGUUAUUUUCGUCUGAAAAUUCAUUUUUCCCCAGUGGGAAUUUGAAUGUACAUGCCAUGUUACAAGCGAAGGAGGAACUAUGCGACAAUAGGGACCAAGUUGAUAAUAACGAUGAUAAUAUUGGACGAAUUAAGCGGAGGUCAGAAGGUCAAGAUUUACUGCAAAAUCACCAAAUGGGUAAUUUGUUGCAAUCUAGUACUUAUGGGUCAAUUCCAGCAAGUCAUCAAAUUGGACAAAAUCCUGCAACAACAUUGUAUAUGAUGACAAACAAUACUAGUACUACUACUAAUAAUAAUUCUAGUCAUCAUGACACUAGUAAUUGUUCUAUGUGGGCAUCUCCUAGUAACAAUAUUGAUAACUCAACUAUUAGAGGAGGGCUAUUGAAUUUUAUGAAUUUUCAUCAACCUAUUUUGGAAACACGUGGCGGUGGCGGGACGGCAGCGGAAGGCCAAUGGGGGAUGUUGACGGCGGCGAUGAACAAUUAUAGGCAAAGUGAUCAUGCUAGUGGUUCUAAUCUGCAUAGUGGAGCAGAUGAUCAUCAUCAUUCCUGAAAUGUAUGUAUUAUAUUUUUUGUUUAUGCGAGAUAUUUUGUGCACUAGAUUGUCUUUUUUUUAAGAUUUUAUUUUUAAUAUCUUUGAUAGUGUACUUGUAUGAGGAAAUUAGAUAUAGUAGUUAUAUAUUGUAAUUUCUACUAGUAGAUUGCAUUAAUAACAAGGAAAAAUAAAUUUCUUGGAA